CAGACCACACGAAGACAAGAAUCCCGUCAGAAAACUUUUGGUAUUUUGCAUUUUGUUAUGUCUUUUUACAUUGAAAAGCUGUAGGGCCCUAAUGCUAUCUAAAUCACCCUGGACAUUCGAAUAAAGGAGAAACUUCAAAGCCUUUUCGAUCCAGUUUGUCUUAGUACUGAAUUUUGGUUAUUUAAAUUGUAGCUGGGCCUGCCGAUGUAGGCUAGGGCCGGGCCUUGUGUUGUUUUGUUUGUAGGCUAGUUUUCUGUCCUGCUGUAUGUAGUCCUACCUCUGCAUAGUAAAGGAAGGUGCGAGCUUUUAUUUUUGGACCAGGCCGGGAGUAAGGGAAGGCACGUUUCAAGAUUUAUUCAAGAAUGGCACCAAUCUUUCAAACUUCUAAAGAGCAAGAGAUAGAGAAGAAAUUGUCGAAAUUGUACAACAAAUGCAGGGAACAAGGACUCUCAGAUGAAGAGAUCUUGGACGUUUCAGCACCGCUACUCAAAUUCAUUAAAACAUCAGAGCAAAAACAAACCAGAAAAAAGCAAACACGGUUUUUGCUUUGUAUUGCAUUUGUUAUUGGCACCAUAGCAAUAAUCUAUCAAUAUGAUCCUGCUUACAGAAUGCUCUGUGUUGUUGGACGACUCUUUUCAAUACAGACUUUAGCUUUCUAUGAUUGGACGGACAUAUAUUUUUUAGACUGUGCACUAAUUAAUCCCUAUUAUGUCAAAGAUGGACUCACUGCCGAAGAUUGUGAGAUGUGCCAAGAUUUGGAUUUUAUUGAAGAUGUAGACAAUCUUGAUCCUAAAGAUAUGACAGAAUAUUUAUUUGACCACGUUCCAGUAGUCGUGACAGAUGCCAUACAUGAGUGGAGGGCUAGCAAAGAGUUCAAUUUAGAGUUUAUUAAAAAGUUAUAUAAAGAAGAAGAUGUUCUAGCAAUGUCAACUGUUUGUUCCUUAGUCAGCGAAUCAGAAGAGGAUUUCCAUUCGUUAAUAGAAGGGCUAGGGGGCACAAUUCCAACCUGGAACCUCCGAUGGAGCAAUUGUGAAGUCCAAGCAAAUAAAGUCUUGCGUCGUUACUUCCACCGUCCCUAUUUCCUACCGGACAUGGUGGAAGUGUUAGGAUCCUGGGUAUUCAUGGCCUCUGGAACCAGGCGGGACCCAGAGAGGGCCAAGAAGGAGCAGAUACAUGAAAAGAAAGGGGAAAAACGAUAUUUUAGCACCACUGGAUGGAAAGAAUUCAAGAGGAAUAAUAAAAUGCAGUGGAUGGCACAGAUCAAAGGACAAUAUGCUAUCUCAUUGACGCCAUUAGCACCAUGCAAUGAAACAUGUCAACAAUUCAGUUUUGAACUCAAUCCUGGAGAAAUUUUGGUCUUCACUCCUAAGAUGUGGUCUUUUGAGUAUAUGCCAUACGGAGAAGCGGAUGCCAUAGCUCUGGCUUCAAUGGGAGACUGGGAAUAAUGCUAACGGUAAUUGAUACCAAAUCAUGCAUACUAUAUAUUGAACAAACUAAGGUGCUUUAAAAACCAGGGAGGGGGAGGGGAGUACAUAUAAAUUUGGAAAAAAUUGUUGUGCCUCCAACGGUGAAAAUUGUAUUUUUAAAAUGCCUUCAGACAACCUUUGCACACAAAUUUUUAACCCAAAAAAGCAGUUGUAUUGAGGGGGAAAAAAGUGUGCACUGAAUGUAUGUAUAGAUAAAUUUUUUUUUUUCUUCAUGUAGGGCGCUAAUUGGCCAAAAGUAAAAUUUUAUUUUUAUUUGAAAUCAUCAAUAUAUUUGCAGUCGGCGGGUUCGCCAAACAAGGUAUAAAAAAAGUCUUGCCCAGUCUACAAAAUUCAAAUUUUUGAAGCAUAAUUAUGCUUUUAAAAAUAUGGAACAUUUUAUGCUGAUGAACAAAAACAAGAAUAUUCUAUUUUCAGAAUGUCUUCCAUAUAAACCAUAAAGCUAUCUUUAAUUUUUAUUUUACCAAUACAUUUUACAUUAAGUACUAUGAAAUACACUUUAAGGGGAUGGUAGCGUGCAUAUAAUAGUAAUAGGUGAGAACCCAGGUAGCUAUAGAGUACUGCACCAAUUUCUAAUAUUUUAUGCCUUAUACUUUAUAGAGUUGCGUCAGUAAGAAAUCUAAGCUUUCUUCUUAAAUGAAAUAAAAGUACCAUUUAGUAAAAAGUAAUAGGUGAGAACCCAGGUAGCUAUAGAGUCCUGCACCAAUUUCUAAUAUUUUAUGCCUUAUACUUUAUAGAGUAAUGUACCAUUAAAUUCAUAGCAUAGGUAAUAAAUUUUAUAUAAGAAAAUUUGUACUAUUUUCAUUUUUUUUAAAUCAAUUAUUAAUCUACAUUAUCUCAGGCUAACACCAUUAAUUAUGCAAGUCUGAGUUCGUAUAUUCUGGCAAGCAAAAAGUAUCUCAUUAAAAUUCAUUACUGUCAAUUUUGAAUUGAUAACAUUCCUUGAAGUAAUUUUUUCCUAAAAUGUACUUGAAUUACAGUAUUGCAUAGUCAGCCUUGUUUAAUGUAAAUAUUUUCCCUGAUAUUUCAUAUAAUUAUAUAUAUUCAAGAUAUAUACUAAUUAAAAAUAUAUUUUUCUUACCUUACAAUCGCUACAUGUAUUGCCGACAGCAUAAAGUGAUUCUUUGUCGGUCGAAUUGAGGAACCUUUCCAAGUGCGUCAGGGACUGCUACGCAGUACGAUUGCACUGAAAACACUGUAGCAGUAACAGUGUAGCGAUCUUAAGGAAACCAGGCCUAAUACUAUAAAUACUAGCAUUAUAUGCUCUCAAUAUAUAUAUAUAAAGAUUUAAUGAACAGUGCAUAAUACCUCAUAAAGAGCUUUAUAAUCAAAUCACAUUUCCAUUAACAUAAAUUUCUCUUUUGUAAUAUUUAGUUCUUAUAUUUUAUAAGUCGUAACAUGUACAACUUUAUUGUACCAUUAACUUGUAUAUUCUUUGUCUGUUCUUAAAAAAAACUACUUUUUUUACCAUUAACUUGUAUAUUAUUUGUGUCUGUUCAUGAAAAAAACAUGCUUUUUAAUCGUUUGAAGUUUGUUGUUAAGCACUGUGCUAUACUACACUAAACUGUAUGUGGCAGAGACAAUGUAUAGAAUUCACACAAGUAAUAUACAAAGGGCAGCUUUGUUCAGUUGUUUUGAAUAUUUAUUAAGCUAAUAAAACGUUAUGCUAUUUUUGAA